AUGGUGUCCGUCCAAACCAUUGCCACCAUCGUGGUGAAAGCAUUUAAAAUUGUCCUCAACCUAGUGAUACUCGUGCUGUACCGCACCGGAUACAAUGGAGAAUUCCUCGGAGUGGGAGGCACGUGGAACUUGAACGAGGAAAAGAAUCCCGACGCGGAGAUAGUCGCUUCGGGCGUCAUCGUGGGCUAUCUCAUCUACACGCUUGUGCAAAUCGUCACUUUUCUUUUUGGCACCACUGAGCAUAAGAGAGCUCUGUCUGAAAUCGUGAUGAACUUCGUCGGUGUGUUCCUGUGGAUAGCAGUGGGAGCAGUGGCACUGCACUACUGGGGAGGCUAUCAGGGGGAGCACCAGUUCCAAUUCGUGUUCGCCGAAAAACAAGUGGGCUUAGCCGUGGGAGCACUCUGCGUCAUCCAAGGAGCAGUUUAUUUGCUGGACACGGCGCUUUCCGUAAUGCAUUUUACAAAGGAGAUGUAA